AUAAUAAUGGAAUUAUAUGUAUAAUUAAAUUUAUUAUUCCAACCCCCAGUCCCAGUCCCAGUCCCAGUCCCAGUUCCUCCUACUUUUCCUCGGUCCAGAAGAGUUGAAAAUACAUAAAUAACAGAAGCCCAUGUAGUAAUUUCCAACCUUCUUCCUCCAAACAGACCCUUCCCUACUAAGCAACAAAACCCCCUUUCACCGCAAUACAUACGACAUACAAAUACCAAAGUACAGACACAUCUCCCUUUACAAACCCAAUUAAUUACAAUUACAAUAAUUAAACCUUCGAGGAGAUUAAUUAAUCUCUAUAUUAUAUAAACGUAGGCAAUAUCUUUCACUUUCCACACAUUUAGCUCUCUCCCAAAGCUGAUCACACAAUUGAAACAACAAUGGAGUUCUUCACGAAAACCAAGGCCGUCAAGCUCCGGAGCCACCUCGACAAGUACCUCCUCGCCGACGACGACCGCCACACCGUCCGCCAGACCCGCUCCUCCGCCUCCUCCCGCCGCGCCACCUGGUUCGUCGAGCUCCUCCAAGACCACGACGGCGCCGGCGGCGCACCACUCAUCCGCCUCCGCAGCUCCUUCGGCACCUACCUCUCCGCCUCCGACGCCCCCUUCCUCCUCGGCGUCACCGGCUGCAAGGUCGUCCAGGCACCCGCUCCGCCGCCGGACCAAAACACCGCCGCCGCCGCCGCCUGCCUGGAGUGGCGGCCGGUGAGGGACGGGUUCCAGGUCCGGCUCCAGAGCUGGUGCGGGAAGUACCUGAGGGGGAACGGCGGCACGCCGCCGUGGAGGAACUCGGUGACCCACGACGACCCGCACACCGGCGCCACCCAGAAGUGGAUCAUGUGGGACGUGGAGGCGGUGAUCGGCGGCGAGACGGAGUCGGUGGCGGAGUACCUGUCGUCGGUUUCCAGCCUGUCGUCGCUCUCCGAUGAGAUGCUCGAGGCCGUUUCCGAAGACUACAAAGGCUCGUCGUCGCCGCGGUCGCCGAUUACAGUCAUGCCGCCGGCCAGGACGCCGAGGUUGACUGUGAUUAGGUCCUUCUCGCCGAAGCUGUCCGACUCUCCAAGGAAGAAGACCGGCAGCUUCAACCAAUUCCGCUCCGCCAUGGAGUUCUUCCACAAGGCCAAAGCCGUCCGCCUCCGCAGCCACCACGACAAGUACCUCCUCGCCGCCGACGACGAGGAGUCCGUCCUCCAGGACCGAAACGGGUCGUCCAAGUCAGCCAAGUGGUGGGUCGAGCCUGUACCCGGAUCCGACUCCAUCAUCCGCCUCAAGUCCUCCUACGGCAAGUACCUCACCGCCUCCAACCACCCUUUCCUCCUCGGCAUGACCGGCCGGAAGGUGCUCCAGACCCUGCCCCGCCGCCUCGACUCGUCGGUGGAGUGGGAGCCGGUUCGGGAGGGGACCCAGAUCAAGCUCCGGACCCGGUACGGGAACUUCUUGAGAGCUAACGGCGGCCUCCCGCCGUGGAGAAACUCUGUGACCCACGACAUCCCGCAUCGGACCGCGACCCAGGAGUGGGUUCUAUGGAACAUUGACGUCGUCGAGAUUCAAGUCCAGUCCCCUGCCGCCGCCAAAUCCCCUGCUUCCCACCACCAGCAGCAGCUCCCUCACGCGGAUUCGCUCAAUUUCGAGGAACCCAGCUCGCCUUCCUCUUUCUCCGCUAAACCCACUAAUUUCUCGAGACAAGAGCAGUCGACGGACUCGAAUGUUGGGUCGCCGCCGAAGUUGGAGGGGAGGACUAUUUACUACCACGUAGCUGACGAGACGGGGGAGGUGGAGGAUGACGUGGAAGUAGGCUAUUCGCUGAGUUUCAAAGGGAAUGGGGUUGAAGGCUUGACCCAGAAGCUGAAGGAAGAGACUGGUUUGGAAGAUAUAGUGGUUUGUUCCAGGAGUCCUUUGAACGGGAAGCUUUACCCUCUCCGAUUGCAGCUCCCUCCUAACAAUGCCGAUAUGCACGUCAUCGUUGUUCCAUCCUCUUCUAAAGUGGCUAGAGAAUUCGAGAAACAAGGACUGCUGUGAUUGUGGUCUGUCACUAUAUCUAUCUGGACGAUGGUCGAUGGAUAUACUCCUGGACUGUAAAUACUGCUGCUAUGUGAAAUGGGAUGAUCUAUAUGUCAAGGAAUGAUUGUUGAAGAACCAAGAGUGGUUUGCCAUCAAAGCUUUGACAUGCAUUUUGAAAGCUGCUUUGAUCAGGACCAUGCAGCUAGCUAGUAGCACUAGUUAGUAUAAUGGCUUUAUGUUGGUUUUUGUUGAUAAGCUUAAUUGGUCAAAUUUUUUUAUCUUGUAAAAUUUGUUGAAAAAGGAUGAAAUUGAAAGGAACGGUUCCAGUUUAAGAAGAGGUUAUGAGUGUUUUGUUAUUCAGGUUCUUGGGACUUUGUUUCUACUGCAAAACAAACAUGGAACCACAAAGUUAGGAGGUUUCUUUGGAUGAAUGAAUAUAUUGAAUGAUUAAGGAUUGUCUUCCUUUGGUUUUUGAUUUCUUG